AUGGUCACGACCUUGUCCACCGCCGAGGUCGCGACGCUCGAUCCCGAUGUGGUGUUCCGAGAGCACUCUAUUCGCGAGAUCGAUGUAUUUGCCAAGCAGCUAGAGCAGGAAGCCAAGCAGAAACAGCAAGCAGCGCAGUCGUUGGUCGCCCAAAAUUUCCACGACUUGCUGCGUAUCGCCGGUACCGUCGACGAUAUGCAGAAACACUUGCAUGCCCUGCAUACCGUAUUGCAAUCCCUACAGACAACAACGCAGCAUACAUCAGAGCUGUGCAUGCGUCUACGCACACCCACGACGUCGACAUCGAACGCGGAUGCGACGCCGUCGACCCAGAGCGCUGCUGCGAUGCUGCUGGUCGCCGAGGCGCCAGAAUACGUCCGCUCGUCCCUGGCCUCACAGUCUAUGCUUGGCGCCGUAUGGGCGCUGGUGUUUGCAACCAAGGCGCAUACCUGGCUCGAGACGCAUUCGCCUGACGUGCUCACGCGCUUCCCGCUCCUGGCCUCCCAAUGGGACGCCUUGGAAGCACAGCGUGAGUGGGUCAUGACGCACAUCCAAGCGCGUUGGCACGAUAUUUCGCUGCCUACACAGCAGCUUCUCGAUGCGGUCCUUGCCUGGACGUUCUAUACCCCUACGACACUCGCCGAGGCCUUAGCCCAGUUCUAUGCGCGGCGUGUCGAAGCCAUAAGCCGACUUUGCACAUCAACGGACAUACCUCUUCCGCAGCGUAUGGCUGCGAUUGUACGUGCCAUCACCACGACGCUUCAUCAAGCGACGCGGCUCUGGGGCCCCGAUGGCGCGCUGAUGCGUGCAAUGCAGACGUUCGCUCAGUCGCCGAGGUAUUGGUACGACUAUGGCCGACCUCGUACGCGAUCGACCUACACACCCCUUUCUUCGCCCUUGUUUGAGCAUGCGCCCCCCGAUGUAACGACGUAUGAGCCGCCUUCAUGCCCGCCCUUGUCGUUGGACACGCCGACGCAUCGUCUGGGCGAGCAGGUGUGCGAAGAGGUCGAGGCGCUCACGCAGGCAUUGGCGUCCGUCACAGACACAGACACGCUGCAUGCAUGCCGAGCGGCGAUGGAAGCAGGGAUGCCGGCCGCCCUCCCGCCCACGUUGGCGAUGGUCCAAGCACGGCUACAGGCCCUGCUGGAGACACGCAUGCAUGCGCUUCUUCAGCAUACGCUGACCGAUGUCACUAUGUCGUUUUCGCAGGCGUUGGGACGCGCCUUGGACGAGGUGCACGAUGCGAAUGCCUUGCCGUACCUCUUCCCGAUAUCCUCGGGGUACGUUGCGCCUUCGCAUUGGCGGACGUAUCGUCCUUCUCACGUAGACGCGUGUGUUCGCUUGGUCGAGACGCGUCUUUCGCGUCUUUCGCUACGGGAGAUGCAUGUCCAACGGGCCUGGCAAGCCACAUGGACAGCGCUGCUGCGGCAGUUGCAGCAGGCCGAUGCUACGUCCCUGGCGCAAGUGCAACUGCUCAUGCAGCUGUGCACUGCGCUCUAUACCAGCAACGUCUUAGCCACAGGCGACGACAGGACGUCGUACCAGGCAUCGCUGGCCAAUUUGUAUACCCAACUCGCUACGCGCUGGAUCGAUAGGAUCCUCGCGCAGGCCACCUCGUCGCAGACGCGCCUGGCCGGUGUGCUAUGGCACAUCGCCCAUGCCAUCCCUGCGAUCGGACCAAGUCCUUUCCCGAUGCCCAUGCAGCAUGUGGCCGAUGCGCUUGAGCGGGCUUUCCCUGCUACGUCGCGCACAUCCACGGAGACAGCGAUGUACAAGGCCCUGCAGAGCGCCAAGGACGGAGCUCUUCGUGCGCCAGGGCGAUGGCGCUCCGCCUUGGCGCCAUGGGCGACGCAUAGUCCUAGCCCCAGCACCCCGCCGAUGCUUGUGCGUGUCGCGCCUCGUUUCUCUAUGUAG